AUGCGGCGCUGCUGCCUGCUCCUCCGCCGAGCCGCCAUGUUGUCGGAGUGAAAGCCCGGGGUGUCAGAGAGAAACUGGGGCCGAAAUCCGCGACCAUCCACCCUCUCCGCCGCUGAAGCGGCAGUAUACCUUUCUACCGCCGGCCUCCUUCCUCCCCUUGUGUGGGUCUUCCGCUCCAGACAGCUUUCGGGCCUUUGUUAGCAUCCGCGUCAGCGGGGUCCUUCCCGGACAGCAGGACCGGUGGACAGGCUGUGGUGGAAUGAGCAGUGUGUGUGUGUUGAAGAGGAAAGCAGUGCUCUGGCAGGAUUCAUUCAGCCCCCACCAUAGAAGUACAUCUCCCAGCAUGCCUGUGGUGCUGAGCAGCGGCGGACAUGCCCCCCCAACUGGACAGACCCCCCAGGCCACACCUCCCAGUCAGCAGGGUGUGGCAGGAGCUGGACGCUCCCAGGAUGAUGCCAUGGUAGAUUAUUUCUUCCAGCGGCAACACGGCGAACAACCGGGCAAACACCGCUGGCCCACUGGAGACAACAUCCACGACAGUCAGGUGCGGUCGAUGGAUGAGCUGAACCAUGAUUUUCAGGCUCUGGCUUUGGAGGGGCGAGCUAUGGGAGAGCAACUCCUACCCGGGAAGAAGUUCUGGGAGGCGGAUGACUCUGGGAAAGAUGGACCAAAAGGGAUCUUCUUGGACCAGUGGAGGGACAGUGCAUGGGGUGCCUCAGAUCACUCCGUGUCUCAGCCGAUCAUGGUGUCCCGUCGGCCGGUUCAGGGUUUCCAUGGUGGAGGUGAAGUUGGGGUGGGCUCAGUGAUGUCACCGCGUUCUGAAAGUGGGGGGCUUGGAGUGAGCAUGGUGGAGUAUGUUCUGUCCUCCUCACCAGCUGAUAAACUGGAUCCUUGCCUCAGAAAAGGACCAUAUGGACAGAGGGAUGGAGAAGUAGAGGAGGAGAAGAGGGAGAAGCCGAAGACGGCGUUUGAAGGAGAGAAACUGAAAGAGUUAACAGAAGGUGAAAGUGACGUGAUCAAUGACGUCAUCAACCCAAACGGGCUGCCCGUACAGAACGGCCUCGAUGUCGAUGUGAAGGAGUUUGGGCGUCCCCCUGGAAACAUGCCUCCACCCGGCCCCGAGGGCGACCUGCUGGGGGGCCCUGGAGGGGUGGGGCCUGACGGCCUGACACCUCUCGGCGGCAGCGGAGGCCCCAAACCCCCUGAUGAUUUCUCUGGAGUGGAUCAAGGUGGCGUUACAAUGGACGCCAUGGAAUCGGUAAUGGAGCCGCUUCAGUUUGACUACAACUCCCAGAUGCAGAUGGACUCGGCGCCCACUGUGGGUCUGUUUGAUUACGCUAACCAGCAGCAGCUUUUCCAGAGAAACAAUGCUCUGGCUGUGCAGCAGUUAACAGCAGCUCAGCAGCAGCAGUAUGCGUUGGCAGCCGCUCAGCAGCCCCACAUUGGCCUUGCUCCAGCAUUUGUGCCCAACCCUUACAUCAUCAGCGCUGCCCCUCCCGGGACAGACCCUUACGCAGCAGGUCUGGCAGCGGCAGCUACUCUCGGCCCUGCAGUGAUGCCUCCCCAGUACUACGGUGUGACCCCCUGGGGUGUCUAUCCUGCCAACCUUUUCCAGCAGCAGGCCGCUGCAGCCAACAGUUCAGCCAAUCAGCAGGCAGCAGGACAGGGCCAGCAGAGCCAGCAGCAGGUGAUGCGAGCUGGAGGAAACCAGCGUCCGUUGACCCCCAGCCAGGGUCAGCAGGGACAGCAGAACGAUCAGCUGGUCGCUGCAGCAGCUGUAAACUCAGCCCUGGCCUUUGGGCAGGGGUUAGCUGCAGGGGUCCCAGGGUAUCCGGUCUUGGCGCCUGCAGCCUACUAUGAUCAGACAGGAGCUCUGGUGGUCAACACUGGGGCCAGGAGCGGCCCUGUCCGCCUUAUGGCGCCUGCCUCUGUCAUCAUAUCCCCCUCUGCAGCACAAGCAGUUGCAGCUGCAGCAGCUUCAGCCGGCGGUGCCAAUGGCGGUUUGGGCGGAGGAGCUAACGGUCCGUUUCGUGCCAUGACAUCCCAGCAGCCUCAGCAGCAGGGCGGCCCCGGCGGCGCUCUGGGAGGAAGCUCCUUCUACGGAUCCUCAUCCCUCAGCUCCUCCUCUCAGAGCUCCUCUCUCUUCUCACAGGGCUCAGCCCAGCCUGGACCUGGGUCGGCCUCUCUGGGCUUCAGCCAACCUGCCUCUUCCUCCCUUGGGGCCACUCUGGGAGCCACACUGGGAGGCUUUGGUACUGCUGUGGCCAACUCGAGUGGUGGCAGUGGUUCAAGGCGGGACUCCCUGACGGGAAACAGCGAGCUGUACAAGCGCACCCCCUCCAGUUUAACUCCCAUCGGUCAUGGAGGUUUCUACAACGGCACUUUGGGGUUCAGUACGUCUCCGGGCCCUGUGGGUAUGCCCCUACCCAACCAGGGGCCAUCCCACUCCCUCACACCCCCGCCCUCGCUGUCUAAUCACAGCUCCUCAUCCAACCUCAAUCUAGGUGGCUUGACUAACGGUAGCGGCCGCUUCAUCUCGGCCGCUCCCGGAGCCGAGGCCAAAUACCGCAACGCUGCAAGCUCCGGCUCCUCCCUCUUUUCCCCGAGCAGCCAGCUGUUUCCAUCCUCACGGCUACGCUACGGCAUGUCGGACGUGAUGCCGUCGGGAAGGAGUCGUCUGCUGGAGGACUUCAGGAACAACCGAUACCCCAACCUGCAGCUCCGAGAUAUCGCCGGCCACAUCAUGGAGUUCAGCCAGGACCAGCAUGGCAGCAGGUUCAUCCAGCUGAAAUUGGAGCGAGCCAGUUCAGCAGAGCGCCAGCUCGUUUUCAGUGAGAUCUUGCAGGCAGCCUAUCAGCUUAUGGUUGACGUGUUUGGAAACUACGUUAUCCAGAAGUUCUUUGAGUUUGGGAGUUUGGAUCAGAAGCUUGCUCUGGCUGAAAGGAUCCGAGGUCACGUUCUGUCUCUGGCCCUGCAGAUGUAUGGCUGCAGGGUCAUCCAGAAAGCUCUGGAGUUCAUCCCCUCAGAUCAGCAGGUCAUUAGCGAUAUGGUGCGCGAGCUCGACGGCCACGUGUUGAAGUGUGUGAAGGACCAGAACGGGAACCACGUCGUGCAGAAGUGCAUUGAAUGCGUCCAACCUCAUGCGCUGCACUUCAUCAUUGAAGCCUUUAAGGGACAGGUCUUUGCCCUCUCCACUCACCCAUACGGCUGCCGAGUCAUCCAGCGUAUUCUCGAACACUGCCUUCCCGAACAGACGCUGCCUAUACUGGAGGAGCUCCAUCAGCACACAGAGCAGCUCGUGCAGGACCAGUAUGGAAACUACGUAAUCCAGCACGUGUUGGAGCACGGCCGGGCCGAGGAUAAGAGCAAAAUCGUGGCUGAAAUAAGAGGCAACGUACUGGGACUGAGCCAGCACAAGUUUGCCAGCAAUGUGGUAGAAAAGUGUGUGACCCACGCGUCUCGGGCAGAACGAGCUCUGCUGAUAGACGAAGUGUGCAGCCUGACCGAGGGUCCCCAUAGUGCCUUAUACACCAUGAUGAAGGACCAGUAUGCCAACUACGUGGUGCAGAAGAUGAUCGACGUGGCUGAACCCACACAGCGCAAAAUCGUAAUGCAUAAGAUCCGGCCCCACAUUCAGACCCUGAGGAAAUACACAUAUGGAAAACACAUCCUCGCCAAGCUGGAGAAGUACUACAUGAAGAACGGCGUGGAUCUGGGUCCUAUCUGCGGUCCUCCUAACGGCAUCAUGUGAGGCCUCCUCCAACCCUGAAAUCCCUUCCCCCGCCCUCUAGGCUAACCUUCAUCAAGCUGUUGGGACCACCAGCUCCACCUCGGCUGCCCCCGUCUGACCCUUCAAAACCCCCUCCUCUGAGGACGGCAGGCGGCCUUGGAUUGUUUUAUUUGCCACCCCUCCCCCCGCUGAGUCGGGGAUGCAGCACAGACGGGGAUGGAUGAUGGAGAGGCGUUACCUGAUCCCCUCUUCUUUCUUUCCUUCUUUUUUUUUUUUUGUUACUCUAAACCCCUCUUUUUAUUUUUUUUCUUUAUUUUGCUGUUUCAAAUGAACUCAAACCAUUCACUUUUUUUGCUACUGCUGAACACAAUCCUGGUUCCCCAUCCUCCUCCACCUCAGCGCAGUGAAGAUAUUUACCACUAUGAGAUGGAGUAUUUAAUUUGUCCAACAUCACAGAAUCAUAGACAAAUCCACACAUGCCAUCAGCUUAACCAGCAGACAGAUCAUUUAGCAUGGGAGAUUUGUUUUUCUGGUCUUGCUUCUAUAAAUAUAACGUGUAUACUUGGUGUAGACCUUUGCAAAUAUAUAUAUAUAUAUAUAUAAAUAUAUAUAUAAAACUUUGUAGUUUUUUCUGGUUUUUGAUGUUGAAUCUGUAUCUAUAAUGUAUCCUAGUAGUGACCACAUACUUCUGACUGUAUAAUUGUACAUUUGUAAACCCUUGUAAUGUAAGUGCUUUACCACCCUUUUUUGGUAUGAGAUGAAAAAAAGAAAAAAAAAAUCACUAGAAAAAAUAAUCUGUGCAUUUCAGUGUAUAUUCUCACCUCAUUGGUUGUGACAUAUGAGUUGUUGUAUAUUGUAAAUUGUAAUAUCAAAUUUUUUUGUUUUGAAAAGCCCUUUCUAUACAGCGUAGUACUUGUACAAAGAUUCGCCACGCUCGGUUUUAUCAUUAUCAUGUCACUGCUUAACUUAAAGACGUUCGGUCUCCCACUGUCUCCCAGUUGGACACAUUCUGUUUGACUUAGUGGUGUCUUCUGGCUUAUGUUGAAGGUUCUUUUUCUUUUUUUUUUCUUUUUUAUUAAAUGAUCUUUUUAUAGGAGUGCUUUACCCCAUGAUUUUUUUGUGCAUCGGUAUGCUGGUUGGGAUGGGGAAUGAAAUUUUACUCUUUCAAGCCCGCCCGACUCUUCAGUUCCCCAUCACUGAUUUCUGGGGUAAAUCCGUGGAUUGUACAGAAGAGAUUCUUGUGUUUUUUGUUUGGCAUUUUUCUCUAGUGCUGUAAGUGCUGUAUCAUACAUGUUUUUUGGGUAAGAGAGAGGCGUCCCGCCACGGCGGCGGUGUACAUUUGGAGCAGCCUUGUGUAUAUUUACUACGAGCACACCUGUAACCAUAUGUGUAUAGUUAACAGAACCUGUGUAUGCUUAUUGCCUGGGCAACUAUUUUUUGUAACUCCUGUUGUAGAUUGUCUCUAAACAAUUGUGUGAUCUUUAUUUUGAAACCAAACAAAACAAAAAAAACU